AUGGACCCGGUUGAGUGGGGCCCACGCAUCCAAAUUUCGCCGAUACGUCUAGUAACCCCCAUCGAGACACCCAUUGUCCACGACCUAAAGCUCAGCACUUCAGAGAAACCGACGUUCCCCGACCGCCAAUGCCCCUUCGGCUGGACUACCCACAACCAUUCCUGCUCGACGACACCAGUUAACUCUCCUCUCUAUUCGGCGAUGCAACAAUACCUCGUUGCUACUUUCGGCUCUGAGAGUCUCUUGGAAACACUCGCCUGUGGCAAGCUUGCUCAAAAAUCUUCUUCACCUUUCUGCAUCCUGGCUAGGCCCGUUCGACAUAGGAUAGCUGUUACCAACGAGCAGCGCGAGUUUAACUUCGGUGAUGCCCCUAGUGUUCUCGACCGACUGACAAGUUACAGCUAUGAGAGUCUGGCUCGGUAUCUCAUUACGCACUUCCCAAACCUUGACCACCACCUCGAUGGGGUUGAAGAGGAGGCUAUGGCCCGCCUGCUCGUGUGA